AUGGACGAAUCCAAUGCAAGUGCAAGUGCAAGCCAGAGGAGCAUGAAUGGGCAAAGGAAUGUGAUGUGUGAUCCAAGCAACUUGGAUCGUAGCGUCACGGAAGCCCCCCGCACUCCUUCGUUCAUUCCCAAUGGGUCUUUGUCCCCUGGAUCAAUGUCCUUGCUGUUUGACACACCUCAGACAAUUGUUGGAAGGCCUAGCAGGAGCAGAGGAGUAAGAGGGACCGACCCGUCAUCCGUAAUAGGCAAGGGCUCAGAUGCGCGUGCCUCCCCUGUGCAGCCUGCAGACGCUUUAUCGUGGCUCUACCAACGAGCAAACAAGAUGAAGUGGAACGGCCUUUUUAACGAGACAGGGCUUAGGGACUUGGGUUACAAUCUAACUGCUAUAGUCGAUCUUUAG